CUCAAACGAUCAACGGUACGUGUAACCCGUGAAAGUUCCAUUAGGUACCAAUCAAAUUUUCAAUAUUUCUCUGUAUAUUAGCACAUCUUUCGAGUUUGGCAGACACGAAUUGUAUGGACUGUAAGGAGUGAUUAAAGAAAUGCAGUACAGCUACACCUUGCCGGGAACCUGCAAUGCAGGUCACCUGGGGCCAAGCUUGGCAAGCAUGUGCAACGUCACUUCGUACUACCUUUUCCUGUCAAUUGUGGAAUCAUUGGUACGAAGGAAACAAAGUAUUGCUCAAACAUGCGAGCGGAUCAAGCCUAUCCAAACACCAGAUGCCGAGUAUGACUUUAUCGUAGUAGGAGGUGGUAGGAGCGGAUCUGUCAUAGCUGCAAGACUGAGUGAAAUUCUAGACUGGAACGUCUUACUUGUUGAGGCUGGCCCAGACGCACCAGCAUGCACAUCCAUCCCUGGGUUUAGUCACGUGAUACAAAGUCCAGCUAUCGCUUGGAAAUACCAAGCGGUAAACGAGAGCUACGCCUGUCUCAGUUCGAAUGGUAGUUGUCAGAUCUCUGCAGCCAAAGUUCUCGGUGGAGACAUGGUGCUCAAUACAAUGAAGUACCUACGUGGCAGUCCGCGUAUAUUCAAUUUAUGGGCUGCAAUGGGCAACAAGGGCUGGUCGUGGAAGAGAGUCCUGCCAUUUUUUAAAAAGUCUGAAAAUAACGGUGAGAUCGAUAGUGUUGGUCGAAAGUAUCACGGCACGGAUGGGCCGCUUUUUGUCGAAAGGUUUCCGUCAAAACCAUCUUUCGCAAAUGUAAUACUCGAUGCGGCCGAAGAGGCGGGCUUCGGGGUCAGCAAUGACCUCAACGGAAAGGAUAGAUUCGGCUUCGCUGUAAUCCAAACAACGAGCCACCACGGUGCGAGACGCAGUAGCGCCGCGGCGUAUCUGCGGCCAAUCAGACACCGCAAAAACUUCCACGUAACUCUGAAGUCCACAUGCACGAGGAUUAUAAUCGAGAAUAAACGAGCAAUUGGCAUCGAAUAUCACAAGAACGGCAAAUACUACAUGGUACGCGCAUCCAAGGAAGUCAUCAUCACCGCUGGUACCAUUCAUUCUCCUCAUCUUCUACUCCUUUCUGGAGUUGGGCCGAAAGAUGAUUUAAAGUACAUGGGAAUCGACGUGGUCAAUGAUUUACCUGGCGUCGGCUACAAUUUGCAUGAUCAUACCGAAUACCAGCUUGGGUUCACCAUAGACGAGCCUGACGUCUUCGACGACAACUGGGCUGCUCUCGCUGAGUAUGUCGGCUUCCAGACUGGAGCCUUGUCCAGCACUGGCCUUGCUCAGGUGGUGGGCGCCCUACCAUCCGGAAUUACUACACCCAACCUUCUGGAUAUUCAUGUAGUCGGCGACGGAUAUUAUGCCACUUGCGCACCCGGUGAAAUCGGCGCCCUCCACAGCCAUGGUAAACGCAACAUCGUCCUUGCGUCAAGGUACAUGCACCCCAAAUGCAGAGGAAAAAUCAGUCUGGCUUCACCGGAUCCUUCUGUACCUCCUUUAGUCUGGGUCAACUAUUUUUGCGGGCCUGACGACGUUGCUGGGGUUGUGAGAGCCAUUGAGUAUGCUAUGAAAUUGGCCGAUACACCCGCCUUGCAAGCCUACAACAUGACCUUGGCCGUAAGACCUCUCGAGGCCUGCUCAAAACACGAUUUUGCUAGCAGAGAAUACUGGGAGUGCGCGGUUCAUUACGACGGAGUAGGACAACAUCACUAUGCGGGUACCUGCAAAAUGGGUCCUGCAUCAGACCCACUCGCAGUUGUCGAUCCUCGACUGCGUGUUUACGGAAUAGAUGGACUACGCGUGGCAGGCGCUGCCAUUAUGCCUCAGGCGCCUACCGCUGAUCCUGCAGCAACUUGCGUCAUGAUUGGAGAACGAGCUGCUCAUAUGAUCAAGGAAGAUUGGGAAUUUGAAACCUACGGUUCCGAAGAAGUUUGCUAACAGUGAAAACGGAUGUUAAGAAAAAAUAAACAAAAUAACAGUGAACAGUACAUUAUGUAACAAGGGAAUAAAGUCUGAGAUUACUCCCGCGGUUGGGCUUACACAAGUAAUCACCCGGGGGAAUAGUCGACUUUUAUGCCUGCAUUACACAUAGAAUUUCAUUUCCGACUCAACUCUGGCCACGUUAUUGAGUUGAAAAUAGGACUCGAUAUAGGUAACACGGGGCAUGACGGAACCCUCAAGCUGAUAAUUAUUAUUUGUGGCUUUUGAGCACCGGAUAAAAGUUCUUUUGAUCUAUCUUAAACAAAUUCAUCAUUGUAUUGCCAUAAUUAAAAAAAAAUAAUAAUUAUGAGGCACGAAGUACUCUUUCCAAAAAUUAUGAGAAUUUUUUUUUUGUUUUGCAAAAUUUUUCAGCGGGUCCGUCGUACUCCACGGCAACUUAUCUUUCAUGAUAUCGGGUGUAAAAUUGAGAACAGAGAUAAAUAAUGGAAAAAUUCAUUAUCAAAAAUGCAUACAAUUAGUAUAUUGAUGUGGGUAAAAAAUGGGGCGUGGGAGCUGGUCCAAGGCUGCAGGCCCCGGUGGGGGUGUAGAGGACAAAGCCUCCGCCUAGGAAAAAACGCGUAUAUCUGAUACGUUACUAAAUAAAGAGAAUGUAGCAUCUAAUAUUGCAGAAUCAUGUAAUAUCAACAUCUGUUCUCGUUUAUAGGUAAAUCGUUCUGUAAUCAAAUUUCAAGGAAUGUAAUAAAUUUCAACUCUUUCAUGAAAAUGUUGCAAGUUUCUUGAGUACUUUCAGAAUUUUGUAUUAAAAAUUAUUAUAAUUUUUUUAUUCAUGUGUAAGUGUGAUUAUUCUAUCAGUUUGAAAGCUAGAAUAUUAUUCAAAGUUUAUAACAAUACAUAUGGCUGGUUUGACCAACUUUUUGAAUUUUAGAAAUUUAGAUGCCAAACAAAACAAAACCUAAGUCAUAGAUUAUUAGGAACCUCAGAACCUCUUGAAUCCAGUUGUAUCCAUUUGAUUGUGAUAAGCGAAUCAUUGGCAAAAUUAAAAAUCUUUCCACUGUAAGAACUUGAAGGAAACAGUUCAUAUAAAUGUCUAUCUAA